CAGUCGCACCAUCCAUCGCACGCACGGACGCGCUCCUCCCAGAUUUGCUAUUCCGCGUUCCCCACUCGCGAUUACCCAGGCCGCGGCCGCCAUGGAGAAGGAGAAGAAGCUGUCCUUCUCCAUCCCCUCCAAGCUCCGCCCGCCCAAGCCCCCCGCCCGUCCCGCCGCCGGAGGCGACGACGCGGCACCCACCCAAUCCGCGCCCGCCUCAGCACCGCAGUUCGUCACCGAGUUCGACCCGUCGCAAACCCUAGCCCCCUCCGCGGCGCGCGCCGUCAUCGCGCCGCUCCCCAACUCCGGCAACUUCCUCAACCACCGCCCCCGCAAGCCCUCCUCGCUCCCCACCCCCGAGGAGGAGGCCGCCCUCGCCGCCGAAUCCGGCGGCGGCGGCCCAUCAUUCGUCCUCGACACCUCCACCGCCCCCGACGACCCCUCCUCCAGCAUCCCCUACGGCCUCACCCUCCGCAACGCCGCGACGGAAAUGGAGAAGGCACCACCACCACCUCCUCCAGCCGCCGCCGAUGCCUCCGGCGGCGACCUCAUGCUGCGGCGGUACAAGGAGGACAUGGCCUCGCUCCCCGACCACCGUGGCAUGGACGAGUUUCACGAGGUGCCUGUGGAGGGGUUUGGUGCUGCGCUCCUUGCUGGCUACGGCUGGUCCGAGGGUAAAGGCAUUGGUAGGAACAAUAAGACGGGGGAUACAAAGGUUGUGGAGUAUUAUCGCCGUGCUGGUACGCUAGGGUUAGGCUACAACCCCUCUGAGGCCGACCCUAAGAAGACUCGAUCUGGUGACUGGAUUGUUGGUGGGCGGAAGGGGUCGGAGAAUGGGACUGCAAAGAAGAGAGACAGAGACAGUAAAGGCAAAACAGAGGAGAUGGAUUCUAAUGCCCGGAAGAAGAGGUCUGUUGAGCAAAGGUCUGAGAGGGAGGCUCGUGAAAAGGAGAGAAAUGGGCGAGAUAGCCGAGAAGACAAGAGUAGUGGCAAUAGUAAUGGCAACAAGGUCCGGUGGUUACAGAGCCAUAUUAGGGUUCGUGUUGUUAGUGAGAAGUUGAGCAGAAGGCUGUACUUGAUGAAAGGGAGGGUUGUCGAUGUGGUGGGGCCGACAACAUGCGAUAUAAUGAUGGAUGAUGGAUCAGAGCUGGUGCAGGGGGUGGAGCAGGAUAUGCUGGAAACAGUACUUCCACGGACGAAUGGGCGGGUGCUUGUGCUCUAUGGGAAGCACAAGGGGGUGUAUGGGCACCUGAUAGAGAAGAAUUCUGAGGAGGAGACUGGAGUGGUGAAGGAUGCAGAUACGAAGGAUAUGGUACGAGUAAGAUACGACCAAAUCGCUGAGUAUGUUGGAGACCCAGAGUUGCUGGGGUACUGAUUGUUUUCUUUUCGAGGAGCGGAUAUUUGCUUACCAGGAACUAUUCUGCUGUGUUAGGUGGUCUCACAUAUUAAAGAGGUCUUCUCUUUGUCAAUUAUAAGCUAUUACUACUCAGUGACACAUUCAUUCCGUCUUGACAUGCCUGACCUGUGCUCUACUGCUGAUCGUGUGCAUUUUCUGCAAGUUUCAACUGAUUCCUCACCUUGCCCCUUCUCUGGCUCCCGCUCCUUUGUCUUGUUGCCGUGUCACAAACUGUCUUUCAAUCCCUGCAAAGUAAGAAUAUUGACCAAAACUUCAAACAAACAACAGAAGCAUUCUGUAUGCAUUACAUAAAAUUCUUUUUUGUUUACUUGCCGCUUUUGACAUUAUCUCCAUAGUAUAAGAUAUAUGGAUAUGAGAAACUGCUUUGUGAACAUAAUCAAAGUUUGUUACACUUCGUUAAAUUGUCAUGUAUUCAAUUUCACUGUUCAAAUUGGAAUUUCGAUAAGUAGAUGUCAACCAGCAUCUGAGAAUCUCAGGAUACAGCUUUUGUUCCUUUGGUUAUUGUAUUGGUAAAAACAUACCUGGAACCCUAAACUAGUUAGUGUAUUGAUAAUUGCAAACCCAUAAGCUUGGAGUUGUUUCCACGCGAAUUUGAGUAGUAGAAUGCGGUCACAAAUUGACCACUUUUUCUGCUAAUUAGUUUCUGUUUUACAUUUAGUUUCUUUCUGAAAGUGCUUCUUUCUUUCCCCCUCAUCUUUUUGGGGGUUUCUUUCUCGGAACAUAGGUUCUAUUUCUGAUAUACAGGUUGAGACCAUUUUCCUAUAAUACCUGCAGCUGAAGGUAAACAUGGAAAUAAGAUUCGUCUCUGUAACUGAAUUUAAACCACAUCCUAUGUGAUUCCAAAGAUAAGCAUCUAAAUGACAUUUGGCGCAUGCGUUUAUUGACCUAAUCAACUGGAUUGUAUAUCUAUAUGAAAUAUGAUGCUCUGCUUCCAGUUUCCAUGUUGGACUGGAAAUUUCAAUCCGUCUAUGGUUCCUCCGGAUUUUACAUCCUAACCAGUUAUGUGGUUCCUUCACUAUCUCUCGUUUUAGACUAGUUUAUUUGCUUUCUUCCAGUUUCAUACUAGCUUGUGCGUGUUAUAUGCAGAUGGCUAUUGUAGUUCUGGCUCUUGUGCGGUACUCAGAUAUCAAGUUAACAUCCUACGUCCUGCUAAUCAAGAUAUCAGAUGAUACAUAGAUGAUAGGCACAUUUGAAUCUGAGAUUGAAAUUCUGUACAUGGUUAGUCUGCUUUGUGCAAGGGGUACGACAUAUGGAAUUUUUCUCUUCUUCUCUUAUUCAGAUUAGCAGCCUUGCUUUGCCUGACUUUUAUACUAGGUUGUGCAUGUUUAUAUGCAGAUGGCUGUUGCAUUUCUGGCAAGUUGUGCAAUAUUCAGGUAUAAGUUAGCAUCUUAAGUCCUGCUAAUCAAGAUACUGGACGAUAUGUAGAUGAAAGACACAUUAGAACCUAAGGCAGAAAUAUUUAAUUUGUGCAUUGGUUGUGUGUUUUAUGCAAGGAAUAUUAGUUGCGCUUUUGUCCA